AUGGGUAGACAGCAGGUUUGCAGAGUUCUGCUAGAUAGUGCGAGUGAGCUAUCCUUUAUAUCUAAGGGCAUGGCAGAGAAAUUAAAACUGAAACGAAGUAAACAUUCGUUUCCUGUGAAGGGCAUAAACAAUGCCUUUGCUGCCUCAGUGUCUUACACUUGUGAUGUUGAACUAUCGUCUAGGGUCAACGACUUUCGUGUCAGAACCACUUGUGCUGUCGUAGAUCAUGUCACCAGUGACCUACCAGCGAGCAAGAUAGACACAAGGUCCUGGAGUGUCCCAUGUAAUCUUCCGCUCGCUGAUCCAGAAUUCAACAAACCUGCCACAGUAGAUAUAAUUCUUGGUGCUGAGGUUUUCUUUGACGUUGUUUGUAAGGAAAGGCUGGUGAAACCAGGUCAUCCCUCACUGGUCGAAACAAAAUUUGGCUGGAUUUUGUCUGGUAGGAUGCCUUCAGUUUCAUGCAACAUGCCUCGUUCUACAGUGACCUCGUGCUUUGUUAGAGGUGACAAUUUAGAUGCCAAACUGCAAAGAUUUUGGGAGUUAGAGGAACUGUCUACGAAAACGAUUAGUAAGCAGGGUAAAAUAUGUGAGGCUCACUUUCAGCGCCACACGGCACGAGAUGAAGAAGGGAGAUUUGUGCUUCGACUACCAAUGAAACCUGACGGUAAAUCAUUAGGCGAAUCACGACAACAAGCAUCUCGGAGAUUGGCCCAUCUUGAGAGGAGGUUUAAAAGGCAACCGAAUCUGCAGAAGGAAUACGCUGCAUUCAUGCAUGAAUAUGGUAAUGAGAUCGCUUUGUUGAAGGCCAGCUCCCCUAUUCCACAUUAUAGCAAAUUAAGGGAUUUGCACCCGUUUGUUGAUGCCGAAGGUAUUUUACGAGUGGGAGGGAGAUUAAUGAAUGCUGAUGUACCGUAUGAUGAGCGCCAUCCUAUUAUCGUACCGCCUAUACAUCAUUUGACAAAACUCUCAUAA